GCCCAGCUAGAGGCCCAGAGGGCAACGGGGGAGUUCCAGCGUGCGGUGGAGAUCCUGCGGGCGGCUAAAGAGACCAUCGCCCUGGCAGAGGAGAGACUACUGGAGGAGGACAGCAGACAGUUUGACUCAGCCUGGCAGGAGAUGCUCAACCACGCCACCAACAGGGUACUGAUGGGAUUAUAUUUAGAACUAGAUAAAAACAUUAUCUUAGGACAGGGGUGGGUAACUCUUGGUCCUGGAAAGCCACAGUGUGUGCUGAACCUGAUUAGGCAUUAGUAGUAGUAGUAGUAGUAGGUAGUAGUAAUAGUAGUGUAGUAGUAGUAUGUAGUAUGUAGUAGAGUAGUAGUAGGUAGUAGUAUAGUAGUAGUAUAGUAUAGUAGUAUAGUAGUAGUAUGUAUAGUAGUGUUAGUAGUAGGUUAGUAGUAGUAGUGUAGUUAGUCAGUGUAGUAGUGUAUAGUGUAGAUGUAGUAGUAGUAGUUAGUAGUGUAGUAUGUAGUAGUGUAGUAGUAGUAGUAGUAGUAGUGGUAGUAGUGUGAUAGUAGUAUAGUAGUAGUAGUAGUAUAGUAGUAUAGUAGUGGUAGUAGUAGUGAGUAUAGUAGUAGUAUAGUAGUAGUAGUAUAGUAGUAGUAGUAGUAGUAUAGUAGUAUAGUAGUAGUGGUAGUAUAGUAGUAGUAUAGUAGUAGUAGUAGGAUAGUAGUAGUAGUAUAGUAGUAGUAUAGUAGUAGUAGUAGGAUAGUAGUAGUAGGAUAGUAGUAGUAGUAGUGUAGUAGUAGUAGUAGUGGUAGUAUAGUAGUGGUAGUAUAGUAGUAGUAGUAUAGUAGUAGUAGUAGUAGUAUAGUAGUAGUAUAGUAGUAGUAUUAUAGUAGUAGUGUAGUAGUAGUAGUAUAGUAGUAGUAGUAGUAGUAGUAGUAGUAGUAGUAGUAGUAGUAGUAGUAUAGUAGUAGUAGUAUAGUAGUAGUAUAGUAGUAGUAGUAUAGUAGUAGUAGUAGUAAUAGUAGUUAUAGUAGUAGUAGUAGUAUAGUAGUAGUAGUAGUAGUAGUAGUAGUAGUAGUAGUAGUAGUAGUAGUAGUAUAGUAGUAGUAGUAUAGUAGUAUAGUAGUAGUAGUAGUAUAGUAGUAGUAGCUUGAUCUUGGUGGAAUAGAUAAAAGCACACACACACCAUAGACUGACUCUGCCACCUUAUUGGCUGUUGCAGGUGAUGGAGGCGGAGACGACGAGGACUCGUAGCGAAUUAGAGCACAGAAAGAUGGCGAACCACUACAACGCCUGCAUCAGUCAUAUGAGACAGCUGGAGAAGAAACUCAAACGCACCAUCAACAAGUCCAGGUGCGUGUGUGUGUGUGUGUGUGUGUGUGUGUGUGUGUGUGUGUGUGUGUGUGUACGUAUGAAGCUGUGUGUGUGUGUUUUGGUCCUGUUACUGUGACUGACUGCUGAGAAGAGAGAGGAAUGCAUAAACCAACUCAGCCACCCCUAUCUCAGGCCUCUCAUUGCUCAAUGUGUGUGUGAUGUCCUCCAGAUGUUAGCUGAGUAGGCCUGUGGUGUGUAUGUGUGUGUGUGUUUGGGCGUAGUGUGUGUGUAUAUGUGUGUGAGUUUGGUCAUAGUGUGUGUGUGUGUGUGUGUUUCCCUUCGAGGGCGUGUGGAAUGUAGCAGUUCUUGGAGGUGCAGUGUUAUUUUUCCAGAGGUUCAUGGUUGCUAUGACGACUAUACAGCACCAUGUCAGAACUACCAACUCUCUCUCUCCUGCCCACCCUUUCUCUCUCUCCACCUACAGGCCAUAUUUUGAACUGAAGGCGAAGUACUACCUACAACUGGAGGUAUGUACAGUGUUCAUUGUUUCCGAACAGACAGUAACUUGUUUGUGUGUGUAACACCCCAUACUUUCUUCUCUCUCUCAGCAACUAAAACAUUGCGUAGACGAGCAUCAGGCGAAGCUGACCGUUGCCAAGGCAGACUACCGCACAGCGCUGCGUAACCUAGAGACCAUCUCUGAGGAGAUCCACGCCCGGCGACGCUCCGUCACCAUGGGAACCAGAGGGAGGGGUGUGGGGGCCGAGGGGGAUGGAGGCCAUGAGGACAUCACCAACUUCAAGAUGGAGUCAGACGGACUGUCCAGUGAGUGACACACACAUACGUACACACACACACACACACGUUUUAAUGUGUAUAUCUGUGUGUGUGUUUUUAAUGUGUGUGUAUGUUUUCCAGUGGCGUCUGUGACGUUUGAUGAAGAAAGAGGAUCAGAGGAAGAGACAGAAACACACUCCACCUCCGCUGCCCUCGACAUUCCCUCCUCCUCCCAUCAUCCCUACUCCUCUUCCUCAUCCCUCCAUCCCUACCCCUCCACCCCUCUGGACCUGCCCUACCCCUAUCCCUCCUCCUCCUUCACCCCCUCUGUCUACCUCUCCUCUGCCCCCUCUCUCCUCUCCUCGUCCUGUCCCAGUGCCAUGGAGGGACCCAGUCCUGGCGGCUGGCUAAGCCCAGAGUCGAUGUGUGGUUCUGGGCAUGACUGUCAUCUCUUCGGCCCCCGCUCCCAGUGCAGUGGGGCCUCCUCUCCAGACACAGACUGCGACCAAGAGAGAGGUAUGUGUGUCUUCCAGUGACUGUGAUUAUUGGGUUACUACACUGAACAAAAAUAUAAACGCAACAUGCAACAAUUUCAAAGAUUUUACUGAGUUACAGUUCACAUAAGACAAUCAGUCAAUUGAAAUAAAUAAAUUAGGCCCUAAUCUAUGGAUUUCACAUGACUGGGAAUACAGAUAUGCAUCUGUUGGUCACAGAUACCUAAAAAAAAAAAAAAGUAGGGGCGUGGAUCAGAAAACCAGUCAGUGUCUGGUGUGACCAACAUUUGCCUCAUGCAGUGCGACACAUCUCCUUCGCAUAGAGUUGAUCAGGCUGUUGAUUGUGACCUGUGGAAUGUUUUCCCACUGCUCUUCAAUGGCUGUGCGAAGUUGCUGGAUAUUGGCGGUAACUGGAACAAGCUGUCGUACACGUCGCUCUAAAGCAGCCCAAACAUGCUCAAUGGGCUUAUGGUAGAGAAAUGAACAUUCAAUUAUCUGGCAACAGCCCUGGUGGACAUUCCUGCAGUCAGCAUGCCAAUUGCACGCUCCCUCAAAACGUGAGACAUCUGUAGCAUUGUGUUGUGUGACAAAACUGCACAUUUUAAAGUGGCCUUUUAUUGUCCUCAGCACAAGGUGCACCUGUGUAAUGAUCAUGCUGUUUAAUCAGCUUCUUGAUAUGCCACACCUGUCAGGUGGAUGGAUUACCUUGUCAAAGGAGAAAUGCUCACUAACAGGGAUGUAAACUAAUUUAAGCACAACAUUUGAGAGAAAUAAGCUUUUUGUGCACAUGGAACAUUUCUAAGAUCUUUUAUUUCAGCUUAUGAAACAUGGGACCAAUACUUUACAUGUUGCGUUAAUAUUUUUGUUCAGUGUAGUUAAAGGAUUGCAUUUUAGAAAACAAGCUUAUUCACCUUUUACCCUGCUUUGUGUGCGCGUGCGUGUGUGUGUGUGCAUGUGUUUGUGCGUGUGCGUGUGUUUGUGCGUGUGUGCAUGGGUGCGUGCGUGUGUGUGUGUGUGUGUGUAGGUGACAGAGCAGAGGGAGAAGAGCAGAAGUUGGAGCCUGGUCUGAGUAAGCUGACCCUGACCAAAACACACCCAUUGCAUCCUGGGAACGACGACCCCAAAGGUGACCCUAAGACGAUCUCCAGCCCCGCCCCCACAACCCAUAGCCCCGCCCCCAUCAUCCUCCUGACCAAAAGCGUCUAACGGACAGACGGCUUCAGCUCUCACAUCGUACCAUUGACUCAUGACCUUUAACCCUGAACUCUGACUAUCAGCCUUUCUAUGAACUUCAGUCUGGACUUCAGUGACAUUAUGUGUUUUUGUUCACUCCAGAGGCAAAUCUGAAAUCACCCCCUAUUCCAUAAAUAGGAAAUAAGGUGGAAAUCAGUGGAGGCUGGUGGGAGUAGCUAUAGGAGGAUGGGCUCAUUGUAAUGGCUGGAAUGGAAUUAAUGGAACGGAGUCCAACAUGUGGUUUCCAUGGCGAUGUGUUUGAUGCCGUUCUAUUUCAUUCCAGCCAUUACAAUGAGCCCGUCCUCCUAUAGCUCCUCCCACCAGACUCCACUGGUGGAACUAGGGUUCCAUUUUGGAUCUUGUCCAGAACUGAUCGGGAAGAAUCUGGAAGGGGAAGUCAACAUGAUGGAUAACUAGGGAUUGUGGGGGAGCAUAGCCAGGCGAGUCUAUCAUCAACUCCUUAAAACACUGGCAUAGCCAGCCCAGUCGAUCAUCAACUCCUUAAAAGAUUUGAAGGGAGGGUGUGAAAGAGACUCUUCACACUUGUCACAAAGGGUGCACGUGCACACUUCCUCUCAUGGACUUAAAAGCAAUGGAUUGUGUAAGCUGGAGGAAGUUUCCACUAUUGUUAAUUGUUGGAAUGACCCUGGAGAGAGAUGUAGAUGUGACUGUUGACUUCUGGUCUCAGUGGGGAUUCCCCAGAGGGGACAACAGGAGGACAGAGACUGUGACAUCACACCACUGAACCCUGGACUUCUGAGCACCCCUGAUACCACAGUGUGUGUGUGAAGGGCAGAGGUUACUGUGGUCUCAGCGUGUGUGUUUGGGUGUCAGAGGAACAGCAUGUUACUGCAGUUUUUCUCCCUCACAUAGGCUGACUGGGAUGGUUUGCAAUUACUAUGUGUUGUGCAUGUUUGUGUGUGUGUGUGUGUGGUUGUGUGUGGUUGUGUGUGUCUGUGUGUGUCUGUGUGGUAGGUAGAGUGACAGUGUGUGUUUGUGUGUGGUUGUGUGUGGUUGUGUGUGUCUGUGUGUGUCUGUGUGGUAGGUAGCGUGACAGUGUGUGUAGAGACGGUUUCAGUGCAGUUGUAGUGUUGGUGUAUUACUCCUGUAUAGGGAGAGGACAGCCUGCCUCUUGUUAGUAGAGAUCCUAUAUGUAUACUCUGUGUCUCUGAUCUACACUACUAUGUAUCUGUUGUUCUUAUAAAACAUAUCUGAGAUGUUUGUUUCUGCGUGACUGACACUGACACACUGUAGCGUCACAACCAGGAACCCCCCCCCCCCCCCUCCCCUCCCCUCUCAUAGACCCUCCCCCAACACACACGUUAAAACCCCAAAGUCACCAUUGGGUCACCUCCUCAAUGCUAAGGGAUGGAAACAAACACUACCUGACACACACACUGGCGAGAGAUUUCUACCUGCUGCUCUCUCAACUGUUGCAGUGUUAUCUCAUGACCCGAGUUAGAGCUCUGAGACGCCUUGCUGACAGAAUGAAUUCGGCGCACACACACACACACACACACACGGUGCUGUGUCUCACACUUACCAGGCUUAACAGCAUAACCACUGAUGUGUGAUUUGACUUGGCAUACAUAACAGUCUCUCUCUGUGUGUUCAGUUGUUGGUCUAUAUGAGUUCAUAUGAGCCUCCACCUCAACAGCUGAAUAAUUAUGUAAUUGUAAGAAAUGGUUGAGUUUUGAAACGACUGAAUGGCUGGUUUUAGUGAGAAUGGCGAUGGCUGCCAAAGGGCUCCUGUCAGAGAGACUCAGAUUCAGGUCUUCUCUGUGAUCAGUUUUAUUAUGGCAGUUCAAUCAUCGGAGAACAAUGUAGUAAUAUGUAUGGUUCUAGGAACAAAGGAAACAAGUGGCUGUUAUCAAAUCAACACAUCCACAAUAGACAAAAGCAGGCUUCAAUUACCCUAGCUUACACAGUUCCACAAUACAAAUUUACCAUAUACUGCUACCCCAAAAGUGCUAAGAGCAGCAAUACUUUAAAAAAGUAGAGCCGUGGAUCAGAAAACCAGUCAGUAUCUGGUGUGACCACCAUUUGCCUCAUGCAGCGCGAUACAUCUACAUCGUAUAGAGUUGAUCAGGCUGUUGAUUGUGGCCUGUGGAAUGUUUUCCCAAGCCUCUUCAAUGGCUGUGCGAAGUUGCUGGAUAUUGUCGGCAACUGGAACACGCUGUCGUACAUGUCAAUCCAGAGCAUCCCACACAUGCUCAAUGGGUGACAUGUCUGGUGAGUAUGCAGGCCAUGGAAGAACUGGGACAUUUUCAGCUUCCUGGAAUUGUGUACAGAUCCUUGCGACGGGUAGGCCUGUGCUUUUUGCCAUUUUCUUUAACCCUUGGCCUACAAUGGUCGCGCCCCCGUGGAAAUUUCAAUGAACAUAAUAAAAAAAAUCCCCAUUAAAAUCUGUCUGUUUAAGAUAGUGAUACGUGUUAUUUUUUUGUUGCAUGGGCUGCUUCUCAAUUCACCGCAUCCACUGAAAUCGCCCUUCUGCAUCUGCGGUGAAAGGUGGCAGAGCUAGAGCGGUGUUUGUCAGACCAGGAGACAUCCUGAAAUUUGGCCUACAAACUAUUAUGCCCUAGGGUGCCCACAAGACUCAUCUGAAUGUCCCCGGUACCAGUUAAAACAAUGAAUGGAAGUAUAAAUGGACAUAGUUUAGUGCCUAAAAUAUGGGGAUAAAUAAUAAUUAAUAAAUACAUGUAAAAAUAUAAUAAUAAUGUUCCCCGAUCUUUCAAAUAUAUCUCUCAGAUAUAGGACAGACACUUCAGAACAAACUUCCUUUAGAUUUAUUUGGGGACUGUCUUUUGUUCCAUGUAGUGAAUCUGUGUCACGCCCUGAUCGAGAGAACUCUCGUUGGUUGGGUCAGGGUGUGAGUUUUCUGUUGAGAUCUAUGUUAGUGUAUUUCUAUGUGGUAGAUCUAGGUUGUAUUUCUAUGUUUGGCCGGGUGUGAUUCCCAAUCAGAGGCAGCUGUCGCUCGUUGUCUCUGAUUGGGGAUCAUACUUUAGUAGCCUGUUUGCCUACCUUAGUGGUGGGAUCUUGUUCCGUGUUUCGGCUUGUAUGUGUAUAGCCUGAGGACUUCACGUUACGUUGUUUAUUGUUUUGUUCUAUGUUUAUUGAGUUAAUAAACAUGUACGCUUUUCACGCUGCACCUUGGUCCGACCCGUCUCUCAACGAUCGUGACAAUCUGUUAGUCAAUGCGUUUCUAUUGGCUAAUAGCAGUAAUGUUUCAUCCAAUAAUUUUAUAUUUGUUUUGAUACCUUAAGGGGUCUUAAAAUUCCAAAUCAAAUAGCUAAAUGGUCCUUGGUAUGACCAUCUUAAAACAAUUCCAUAUGUUAGCUUAUAAUCCCCCCCUUCCCAGCUUAGACAGGGCUUAGACUCUAUAGGGUUAAUAAAAGGUAGGCCUAUGGCAUACCCUCUCAUACCCCCUCAAUUCGAGUCUUGGUUUUAACUUAACAGGUACCCAUAGUCUUAUAGAGAGAAGGCUAUUCACUCGUUCUAUGAGAAGACUAGAGCGAGGGCGUAACGGUACCAUGGAAAGCCCCGCUGACAGCUGUCUGUAGGUAUUUAGAAGAAAUGUCUACGUGGUCUGUAGCCACUACAAAUAACACGAGGUGUUCUUUAUAUGUAUAGCAAGUAGCGGCAAGAGAACCGUCAAAGAUACAUAUGGUGCAUAGCAAGUAACAACAAGAGAACCGUCAAAGAUACAUAUGGUGCAUAGCAAGUAACAACAAGAGAACCGUCAAAGAUACAUAUGGUGCAUAGCAAGUAACAACAAGAGAACCGUCAAAGAUACAUAUGGUGCAUAGCAAGUAACAACAAGAGAACCGUCAAAGAUACAUAUGGUGCAUAGCAAGUAACAACAAGAGAACCGUCAAAGAUACAUAUGGUGCAUAGCAAGUAACAACAAGAGAACCUUCGAAGAUACAUAUGGUGCAUAGCAAGUAACAACAAGAGAACCGUCGAAGAUACAUAUGGUGCAUUGCAAGUAACAACAAGAGAACCGUCAAAGAUACAUAUGGUGCAUAGCAAGUAACAACAAGAUAACCUUCGAAGAUACAUAUGGUGCAUAGCAAGUAACAACAAGAGAAUCGUUGAACAUGAGGUAACAAGGGAGAUUACCGAGUGUGUUUGGGAAUAGUAGUAAGUGAAUGUGGAUGUGAAAGUUGUGUGAUUGUGAGAUAUGACAUAUUAAACUGAUUUGAAAAUUGGAUAACAAGAUUGAAAUAGGGAUAAUAAGCUGAUUGAAAAUUGGAUAAUAAGAUAUUGAAAUGUAGCUAUUAAGUACUGAGUGAACGAGAGCUGUCAGGGGACUAGCUCACAUGUGAAAGAGGUGAAUGAAUACCACAACCAGUUCUGUGUGAGUUGAGUUUUUCAAUCUGUAACGUUAUCUAGGGUUCUGUCCAUCACCGCCCGUAGAUCCAUUCAAGUAACAUGUCUAAGAGGCUAAUAUGUCUUGAUUAGUAACGAGGAUAACAUGAUAACAUGUCUCAUUAGAGGAUACCAUGAUUACACCUAUCAUUAAUAACGAGGAUAACAUGUCUCUGAGGGUAACAUGACUUUAGAUUACAUGAGGAUAACAUGACUCAUCAGUGGAGUUUGAUGGUAUAACGGUAUUAUGUAUUUGGAGAUAUGAAAGGAGAAAGUACUAUUCCCGAAUAUGCUGUUAAAUAGAACACUAGAGUGAAUAUUCAAACCCCUGUAUGAAUAGAACACUGGUGUAGAGGAGGAAUUUGUGAUGUAACACAAAUGUAUAAUGGGUUACUAGAUAUAUAAUAAUAUACAACAUGCACACCCACACGUAAGACGUACAUAAGUGGUGUAAAAAGUAUUCUGAGGAAUGUUCAGAGUGGUCCCUUUAUGGAUCAUUUGAGAAAGAUAAGGUUAACCUCUACAGGAUCGGUGUGUAAACUUACAAAAUGCUCCUCCUGAUUGCUACCGUAGGCCUACGUAGCACAGCCAUUGGUUAGGCAGCACACAAAAACAUUUUUUUGAUCAGCAAGAGCAGAGCAGGGCUCACGGUUGGAAUAUCCAGCAGCCAUCUUAGAAAUAUAACUUUGCUCUGUGCUUCUCCGAGCAUGCAAUUCAUAGCCUAUAGUAUGGAGAAAUGUAAAAGAAAAAUGUAUGCACUCACUAACUGUAAGUCGCUCUGGAUAAGAGCGUCUGCUAAAUGACUAAAAUGUAAAAUGUAUAGCUCAUUUGAUUGAGACCACACUAAAUACCCAUAGGCGCACUUGAUAUUGCACACACAGCAGCAAAUCAGCGAUGUGGGGAGGCAUCGGGCACAGUAUAGCCUAAUAAGCAAAAAAAAUAUUAAAACACUGAGAAAUAUAGAAAUUGAAUAAAUUACAAAUUACAUGACCUUCCCCCGGAAUAGAUUUUAAAAAUACUACACACACCCAUUGGCUGAAAUGGAAAAAGCAGGACCCUCCCCCAUUUUACUCCAGGUAACCAUUCUGUACAUUUAGAUCCAUCCCUAACCACUGUGUACUUGAGAAAACAACUCCAGUGCAAUAGUUUUCUAGACUCCACAAUGCCUUUUAUGUAUCUUACACCAAUGUUACUUAACCAUGAUGAUGGUCUGUUGACAGAAACCUUGGUUUGAUCCAUAAACUAAUUGUGACAAGAAGAAUAGCGUGCUGCUGGAGUUUUUUUCCUUUAACACUUUGCAUGUCAUAAGGUGUACGAAAAAACUAAACUUUUCUAUUGGGGCAACCGCUAGUAUUUACCCUGAGCCAAAAAUACUGGACAAAACAAAAAUAUAUUUUGCUACUGUAUAUUUACAGUGAGCUGCUGCCUCCUAGCGGUCAUGCCGCAGCACUGCAUGGGCUCACACAGAAGAACACGCCCUCAGACAAGCCAACAGCCUAUCACCGAAGGCUGGAACGAUGA